CGCUUUUUUUUCUUUCUCCUUCUUUUUGUACAAAAGUUUUUUGGUAUUCCAAGAUCUUUUUUUUUUCUUUUCUUUUGUUAGUUUCAACCUUCCUCUAUUAUUCCAUACCGAAACUUAGAAAAGAAAGAAAAAAAACAAUCCUUUUAUACAUACACCUUCAAUUUAUAUAUUACCCGAGAAGAACUAUAACGGAUCAACUUUAUCAUGGACGUCCCUACUCUUCUUUCUAAUACUCUUUCACCUGAUCGUACCAUUCGUGAAGAUGCUGUACAAAAGUUGGAACUAUUUGCUCAAGAGGAUUAUCCAAGUUAUGUACUUAUGCUUUGUCAAGUUUUGGCCAACGAACAAAUCACCGAUGAUAUCCGUCAAGCUGCUGCUCUUGCUUUAAAGAAUAGUUUAUCUGCAAAGGAAUUUGCACGUCGAGAAGAACAAGCUCUUCGUUGGUUAGCAGUGGAUGAAAAUAGUAAAGCUCAAAUUAAACAAGCUGUAUUGUUAACAUUGGCAUCUCCCAAGAAAACUGCUGGUCAAGGUGCAAGUCAGGUUAUUGCUGCUAUUGCUGAAAUUGAAUUACCCCGAGCUCAAUGGCAAGACUUGAUCCAUGUGCUACUCGACAACGUUACAAAUACCGAUAAUGCAAACCUCAAGCAAGCUACUUUGAAGACAAUUGGUUUCGUAUGUGAAUCUGUGCAUCCCAAUGUUUUAUCUAGUCAAUCAAAUGAAAUUCUCACUGCCGUGGUUCAAGGUGCUCGCAAGGAAGAACAAAAUAAUGAAGUACGUUUGGAAGCUACCAAGGCAUUAUACAAUUCACUUGAAUUUAUCAAGGACAAUUUUGAACGAGAGGGUGAACGUAACUUUAUUAUGCAAGUUGUUUGUGAAGCUACUCAAAGUGAAUCCAGUGAAAUCAAGGUUAGCGCUUAUGAAUGUUUGGUUCGUAUCAUGCAACUCUAUUAUUAUAUGAUGCACUUUUAUAUGGAAAAAGCCUUGUUUGGGUUGACGGUAUCUGGUAUGAAUGAUCCUGAAGAAAAGGUAGCAUUACAAGCUAUUGAAUUUUGGUCUACUGUUUGUGAUGUUGAAAUGGAAGUUAAAGAAGAAAUGGCUGAUGCUCAUGAAGUUGGUGAAGAACCCGAUCGUGUAUGUUAUAAUUUUGCUGGUCAAGCUCUCAAUGAUAUUGUUCCCGUAUUAUUAUGGCUUCUUACUAAACAAGAAGAAGAUGAAGAUGAAGAUGAAUGGAACGUAUCGAUGGCCUCUGCUACUUGCCUUGCUCUUUUAGCCCAAUGUGUGCAUAAUGCCGUUAUUACCCCUAUUGUACCUUUUGUAGAUUCAAAUAUAAGAAAUAAUGAUUGGCGUUACCGUGAAGCUGCUGUUAUGGCUUUUGGAUCUAUUUUGGACGGACCUGAUGUGGAUGUUUUGAAACCUUUAGUUGAUCAAGCACUUCCUACAUUGAUCACUAUGAUGCAAGACCCUGUUGUGAAUGUCAAGGAUACUGUGGCUUGGACUUUGGGUCGUGUAUGUGAACUUCUUCCUACUUGUAUCAAACCUGAUAUUCAUUUACAUGAAUUGGUAUCUUCUUUAUUACGUGGUUUACAAGACAAUCCUCGAAUUGUUGGAAAUUGCUGUUGGUCAUUGAUGAAUCUUGCUGAACAAUUAGGCAAUUCUCCUGGUCUCGAAGAACCUACAAGUGUCAUGUCUGCUUACUUUGAAGGUAUUGUCACUGCUCUUUUACAAUUCACUGAGCGUAGUGACAAUGAGGCCAAUUGUCGCACUUCUGCUUAUGAAGCUGUUUCUUCCUUGAUCAUGUUCUCAGCGAAUGAUUGUAUUCCCAUGGUUCAAAAAGUGGUAUUGGCAAUUUUGGAUCGACUUGAAGCAGCUAUUGCCAUGGAAAAUCAAAUUUUGGAUGCUGAUGAUCGUGCAGAACAUUCUGAAUUGCAAUCAAGUUUACUUGGUGUUCUUACUAAUAGUAUUCGUCGUUUACCUCAAGAUAUUUUCAAUGUGUCUGAUCGUAUUAUGACAGUGGUACUCCAACUAUUGAAUACAUCAUCCAAACAAGCUACUACAACUGAAGAUGCCUUUUUGACCAUUGGUGCCAUGACUACUGUUCUUGAAGCUGAUUUUAUUCGAUAUGCUGAUACAUUUGUACCUAUACUUUGUGCUGCUCUUCAAAACCCUCAAGAAUAUCAACUUUGUCUUAUUGCAGUAGGCAUCAUUGGUGACAUCUGCCGUGCUCUUGGACAAGCUGCAGCUCCUUACUGUAAUGAAUUCAUGCAAUUACUAGUAUCCAACUUACAAAGCCCUAUUCUUCAUCGAAGUGUCAAACCCUGUAUUCUCUCCUGUUUUGGUGAUAUUGCUUUGGCCAUUGGUGAAAAAUUUGAACCUUAUCUUGAAGUAGUGAUCAUGGUAUUACAGCAAGCUGGUCAAAUGCGUGCUACAAGUGAUAACUAUGAAAUGAUUGAUUAUGUCAAUUCUUUACUUGAAGGCAAUGUGGAAGCUUAUGUGGGUAUCGUCCAAGGAAUGAGCAACACUCCAAAUGUCCAAGUUCUUCUACCACAUAUGGAUAGCAUUUUCCAAUUCAUUAGUUCUCUUUCAUAUGACCAAAACAGGUCUGAUGAUUUGACCCGUGCAUUGAUUGGACUAGUUGGUGAUCUUGCUGAAACUUUCGGUGGACAUAUUAAGAUAUAUCUCAGCAACGAAUGGGUAGCUAAACUUUUGAAGGAUGGAAGAAUUGGACGACACACAACCAAGGCAACAAAGGAUACUUCUCGAUGGGCAAAAGAAAUGGUUAAACAAGCGUGUCAAUGAUAUUUGGAUUUAGUUCUUUCUUAGUUAUCUCUUUUUCUUUAUCAUUAUAGUCUAAUCAUAGUCACUUUAUACAAACCAAUCCUCAACUUUUUUUUUAUUGUAUUCAUACAUGUACUUUUUUUUUUGCUUUCUUUUUACAUCCUUUAGUUGAAUUUGUUUUCCCAUUCUAUUUCACACUUUGAUCCCCCCAACCCCCUAACCCCCAAUCCCCUUUCCCCCUUCUUUUUAUUUCUCUUUUAUUUACAUCCAAGCAUCUUUUUUUAUUUUUAUUUUAACAACACACACCCUUCCCCAGUUUUCCCUUUUUUUUUUUUCUUUCCCCAAUAAAUUUGAACAA